AUGGCGGGCAGUUAUGGCUCCAACAGUAAGCAUGGAAACGACAGAGGGUGGGGAGCGCGGCUAAUCAUUACAGAGGGAACAGGCAAUGUCGAAGGGUAUAUCUAUUCGCUCAAUUUGACCACCUCUUUUAACACUAGCUCCAAUUUCAUGGCCCUUAUCAAGAACACCUCCAUAGCGGGAGGAGCGGCCAAUAACAUUGCUCCAAACUAUGUUGACGGGGUCAUGUUUGCCAAUAAGGAUGAUUUCCAUCUCUACGGCGGCAUGCUGCGAUUGACCAACAGCACAGAAGCACCCUCUAGCAGUCAAGUUCUGAGCUACGAAGCCUACCAAUACGGCCCGCACCGGUCCAGCGGGGAACUGGGCUGGAAUGUCGAGACUUUAUCAAGCAAUGUCACUCGGUAUAUUACCAAUGGUGCUGGUGUAUCCGUACCAGAUGAGAAUCUGGGCUUUUACUUCAGCGGAAUGCGCGCAGCGGACUGGGGCGCUUUCACAUACGACGGAAGGGACUCAAACGUGACGGCCGAUACAUUGAUCACGGUAGACAUGUCAGUACUGCGCGAUUCAAAGUGGACCAAUGAUUCAUUGCCAUACUAUGUCCAAGGCCGGGCCAAUGCUGAGCUCAUCUGGGUGCCGGUCUCCACUUCUGGAGGGUUGGUUGCCAUCGGGGGAGUGGUGGACCCCGUAGAAAUGUGGCGGGAUAUCGGGCUGAAUGCAUCGCAGACGGCACUCAGCAAGAAGAUUAGUCCCACCUUUAUGGAGACAGUCUCAGUCUAUGACAUUGAGAGCCGAAAGUGGUAUCUCCAAAACACGACCGGAGACACGCCGCCCCAACUAACGCAGUUUUGCUCUGUGCUGGCCAGCGCAUCGGAUGGCUCAUCCCAUAAUAUCUAUAUCUAUGGCGGGUACAACGGUAUUGACUAUGAAUCCAAUCCAUCAGACGACGUCUUUAUCCUGUCCCUGCCGGCUUUCAAGUGGAUUAAGGCAUAUAACGGAAGUGCUUCGCACGGUCGUAGCGGACAUCGAUGUAUCAAAGUAUAUCCAGACCAAAUGUUGACAUUGGGCGGACAGAAUACGGAUCCAACCAAAUGCCUUGAGGGAGGAAUGAUUGCCGACUUCAACCUCAACACCCUCAGUUUUCAGAACAGCUAUGACCCAUCUCUAUGGAGCGAUUACAAAGUACCAGAUCUAGUGACCGCGCAAAUCGGAGGGAGUUCCUCCGGGGGUGCUACAACUAUCGCUCCUGCAGAGUGGACAAAUAGCUCUCUGGCUGGUAUCUUCAACACGACAUAUACGAAACCCAUCACCACUUAUUGGCCUUAUAUCAAUGACUCCAGCACUAUAACAUCAGGCACAAAAGGCGAUGGCGUUCCUUCUUGGGCUGGCGCGGUAAUUGGCGUUCCCUGUGGUCUACUCGGUAUUGGGCUUGUGAUUGGAUUCUGGAUUUAUCGUCGGAAACCCAGUCAAGAGCAACUCGAGAACAAUCAAAUGGCUAAGGCCGUUGCUAAGCCUUCUACAGAUGUCGGGUCAGCUUCGCCUGGACCGACCUCUCCUAGACCUGGACCAGUUUCUCUUUCCACCGACGUGGAAACGAUGCAGAGUUCAUUUAUGACUUCCUCGAAUCCGGGGGAGACGCAGUUUACGAAAUGCAUGGUACAGUUCCCCGUGAUCAUGCUAGGUUCAAGACUAAAUUUUUUAUACUCAGAUUCCUCACCAACCGAGCUCCCCACUCAGUUCAACUUCUCCGGCUCUGUACCGGCGGGUUCUCCACAAACUGAUGCCAGCAGAGGUUCCCCUUCGCCAAUAUCGCAAUCCCUUGUAAAUCAAUCCCCAGUAUCAUCACAGACUCCUGCAGGGUCUGAGUCGGGUAUUUCCACGGCCUUUACUCGCCACCGGAGACUGUCUACAUUUCCCAUGGCGCCUUCUUUAAAAGUCGACAACGUCGGCACUGGCUCCACCUCGAAUUUACAUGGGUCUCUGGAAAAUGUGUGUAUACAGCGAUCACGAUAUCCAUCGGAAUUGCCAGGGAGAGUAAUAGUUCCGAUCAGACUGCACGAGCUCGGGAGACUGAGAAAAUCCAUGAAGUUGAAUAGUUCCAUGGAGUCAUCAUAA